CCCAUUCACUCCUUGAAGAUGUGCGCGCCUUGUCCCAGAAUGCCCAGAAUGCACCGCGCGGGCGUUAAUACCAAUCGAAUGGAGUUUACAAUUUAUUUUCUUAAAAGUAUCUCUGGUUAGACAUCAAAUUAGCAGGAUCUCGGUAGAUAGCACCAGUUAAAAAAAAUGCUCGAGGGAGCUCACGUAAUGACGUCGGUUGGGACUCGAAUUGCCAUGGAGGGGAUCGGUGGCGGAAAUUUGCAGAAAGUAACUCCUUUAGCUCGAGAAUUAACCCGGAUCUUGAACGGCUACAAUAAACACUCCAUACAACUAAAAAAUAAUCUGAAAGAGACCAACGCAUUUUUUCGGGAAAUAAAACAGAACUACAGUAAUGCCUGCGCAUCGGCCGCCAGCUCCGAGGCAGCUGCUCUGGAGGCAGGUCAGCUGAGCUACAUCUUUUUCCCCCGGCAUGAAGAGGAGUUCCUGCACAGCAGCGUGGGCAGCGCCCCCUACAUCCUGGUUCUUGGCCAGGACUGUGCCGCACGCUACCAGCUGCUCAACUGCCUGCUGGGGGAGCGGCUCCUGCCCCUAGGUCCCGUGGCGGGCGAGGCCUGCAAUGGCGUUCAUGGCACUGCCUGCAAGAGGAGGAAGCUGUGCUUCACCCACGGGCGCCAGACGCGGCUCAGCCUGGCACUGCCCGGCCAGUAUGAGCUGGUGCACCAGCUGGCGGCCCACUGUGGGCGCUGGGAUACGGUGCCCAGAGAGGAUCUGGAGAUCCAGGAGGAAUGUGAGGACCCCGCCCACAGACUAGCCGAGCUGGAGAUCACCCUGCACCACCCUCUGCUACAGGAGGCGAAAAUCAUGGUGGUGCCAUGCCCCAGUGUCCAGCCCAUCGAGGAGGCCCUGGAGGACUGCACGCGUAACGUGGUUCCCAUCAUACUCUAUGCGCUCAACCAGGACACCCUCACUGCCGAACAGGUGGCCGAGCUUAGGAAAGUCAAAGAUACACUCUCCUUCCCCAUCUUCUUCAUCCGUAUCCCAGCCGAGGCCUCCCCCGAGCCCAGCCGGCGCCUGGAGAGGGAGAAGAGCCCCCUUUACAAGCAACUGCUGUCCCUAGGCUUUCUCAGUACCCCAGUAGGGAACUGUUCCUGCGGAGCCCCCUCCCAGACGCCCAGCCUGGCCACCAAGCCCCAGAGUGUACUGGGGGAGGCCUUUGAGAGGCUACACCGCCUCCUGGUGCCCUUCACCCGCCAGGUGCUCCACUUCCAGCAUGUGGAGGCUGCUAACCUGCUCAACGGGGUGCACUGCCGCUGCCUCGACCUCUUCAUCAACCAGGCCUUUGACAUGCAGAGGGACCUGCAGAUCACGCCGCGGCGGCUGGAGUACACGCGGGAGAAGGAGGGCGAGUUGUUCACCUCCCUGAUGGCCAUUGCCAACCGCAAGCAGGAGGAGAUGAAGGAGAUGAUCGUGGAGACGCUGAGCAGCAUGAAGGAACAGCUGCUGGAGGAUGCUGCCAACCUGGAGUUCACAGACCUCAUAGUGGCGACCAAUGGAGAGCCUGUUACUUCAAAGGUUAUAAAAUCCUGCAUCCACCAGAUCCAGGAGCUGAUAGUUGUGAGGUUAAACCAAGCGGUGGCCAACAAGCUGAUCAGCUCUGUGGACUACCUGAGGGAGAGCUUUGUAGGAACCCUUGAGCGCUGUCUAAACAGCCUGGAGAAGUCCAACAUGGAGUCUUCCGUCCACAACGUCACCUCCAACCACCUCAAACAGAUCCUUAACGCUGCCUAUCACGUGGAGGUGACCUUCCAUUCAGGAUCCUCUGUUACGAGACUUGUCUGGGAGCAGAUCAAACAAAUCAUCCAGAGGAUAACGUUUGUGAACCCUCCUGCCAUCACACCAGAGUGGAAGAGAAAUGUGGCCCAGGAUGCCAUAGAGAGCCUGAGUGCUGCCAAGCUGGCGAAGAGUAUCUGCUCCCAGUUCAGAACACGCCUCAACAGCUCCCACGACGCUUUUGCUGCCUCCCUGCGACAGCUGGAGGAAGGUCACACGGGGCGGUUGGAGCGUACUGAGGACCUGUGGCUGCGUGUGAGGAAAGACCACGCCCCACGGCUGGCCCGCCUGUCUCUGGAGAGCCGCUCCCUCCGGGACGUGCUGUUGCAUGGCAAGCCCAAGCUUGGCCGAGAGCUGGGGCGGGGUCAGUAUGGAGUGGUCUAUCUGUGUGACAGCUGGGGGGGACGCUACCCCUGCGCUCUGAAGUCUGUGGUACCGCCCGACGACAAGCACUGGAACGAUCUGGCUCUAGAGUUUCACUACACGAGGUCCCUCCCUAAACAUGAGCGUCUGGUGGAUCUCCACGGCUCGGUGAUUGACCACACUUACGGUGGGGGCUCCAGCAUUGCUGUGCUGCUCAUAAUGGAGAGGCUUCACAGAGACCUCUACACAGGCUUGAAGGCUGGUUUAUCACUAAAGGAGAGACUCCGGAUCGCUCUGGACGUGGUGGAAGGCAUUCGCUUCCUGCAUGGUCAGGGGCUUCUACACCGAGACAUUAAACUAAAGAAUGUUCUAUUGGACAAGCAGAACCGGGCCAAGAUCACAGACCUGGGCUUCUGUAAGCCAGAGGCCAUGAUGUCUGGCAGCAUCGUAGGAACCCCCAUCCACAUGGCCCCAGAGCUCUUUACAGGAAAGUAUGAUAAUUCUGUGGAUGUCUAUGCCUUUGGAAUCCUGUUCUGGUAUCUCUGCACUGGCUCUGUCAAACUCCCAGAGUCCUUUGAGAAAUGCUCCAGCAAGGACCAGUUGUGGAAUAACGUUAAAAAAGGCGCGAGGCCCGAGCGGUUGGCCAGCUUUGAUGAGGAAUGCUGGCAGCUGAUGGAGGCCUGCUGGAAUGGAGACCCUUCCCAGAGGCCCCUGCUCGGCAUCGUAGAGCCCAGCCUGCAAAGCAUCAUGGUACGGCUUUGUAAAUGUGGCUCGCAUCAGAAAAGCAGCAGCCUGGAGGACUCAAACUGACACAAUCGGACCAGACUGUUGCGAAGGAUUAUGGUCAAAAGAAAAGUAAUUUGUUGUAUUUAUGAAAAGAAAAUGAAAAAAAAAAGAUAUGACCAAGACAGUUUCCUCUUCCUUUAAAGGAGUUAAAUAUACAGUAUUUAAGAUGAACUGAAACCGGACAAACAUGUCCACAUGUUUAUGUCGUGUGUAUUUGUAUAGUACAAACUGUCUAGCGUACACUAUGCUUUCCUCCAUGCUAAUUGCUAUUUGGUUAUAGAAUUGUUACUAGAUAUGAAAUGUUUAAAAAUAUAUAUUUUAGAUUGUAUUAAUUGAAUUCCUGCAUCUAUGCAAUUCCAACUUUUUUUAAAUAAAUGAUUUUGACAAAAUAAUCAAUUUUUGCUUCACUCUUUACAUAGGGUUCUGCUGUAUUUAUGAAGAUGCUGACAUGGAAUUUUUGCUAUUUGACUCUGGAUAUUUUUUUAAUACUUAAUGGGUGAAGACCACCUUAGUGUGGUCUAAAUGUAUGCUCUAGUCCUGUAAUUGGAACAAUGUGUCCCUCUCGCAUUGUGUGGGAGCUGUAGCCCAUUGAGGAAAUACUCAGUGCAAGUUAACAUUGUGUUUUGGUUGCAGUUCAGCAUUCUACUACACAGUUCGAUACAAAUUCUUGGGCUAUAUGUGACCUCCAUGGAAUGCUCUUAUUAGCCUAUUUCCCCGGAAAUAAAACAAUACCACAUUGAA